AUGAAUCAAUCCCGCAACCUUCUCAUCUAUUCUUUCAUUUCACGAGGAGAUGUUGUACUGGUGGAGUAUACUCCUUAUGGGGGGAACUUUAGGGUGGAGGCAAUGAAAGGGUUGAAGAAAGCGGUAGCAUCUACGAAAGGAAAAUACUCGUAUCCUUUCGAUGAGCUCACAUUCAACUAUUUAACUUUCCAUGGGAUCACCUAUAUGGUCAUGGCUGACUGCAUGUACGGCCGCAGACUACCUUUCGUUUAUCUCGAGAAGUUGAAAGACCUCUUUGUGGACAAAUACGGGGGUCGUAGCCUGGAUUCACUUCAAGCCAACGCACUCAAUCAGGAAUUUGGGCCGUUGAUGAAAGAGCUCAUGGAGUUCAGCAUGCAUAAUAGCGACGAGAUGAAGCAGUUGGCCAAGCUCAAAGCCCAAGUACUGGAAGUUCAGAGUACCUUGACCAACAACAUCGAGCAGGUGGAAGCUGCAUCAGCCAAGGUGGAAGAAGAUCGUUUUCCCCAAAAGCCAGGCAGAUCAAGGGCACGGGAGAAGCUGCAUGGGUCGUUGGUGCGCUACAUCAUGGUGGAUGGCUCCCCCAUCGUUGCUCUCCUCCCAGAUGACCCUCAUCACGUGAACCUUCUUAUGGACGACAGGGCUUCACUCACGGUGGGGGGUACUGACCCCCCUGCUCUCAUCCGCUCCCUCCUCACAUCUGGCCAGAUGCCACCCCGUGUUGCCCUUCUGGGCGAGCUCGUGGCCGUGGACUCAUCCGAGACCCCUUUCAUCCUCCGUCGCUUCACAGCAAAGGCGGAGGCAGCUGCAGCGGCUGUUGCUAGACUGGAGGCCGCUUUGCCCUCCCCUCCCUCCUCCCCUCUCCCCUGCCCACCACCCCUCUCGCAAACUGUGGCGGAAGGUGGUGGGGGUGGGAAAGGAGAGGAGGAGGCUCUGACCUUUUUCCGCAUGGAAGCUAGGUCAUGCCAGCUGGUUGAUUUCAAAGGCAAGCGAACGUCACUGCCUGUGGCAGAUGUCAAACCCGCCGCCACGGACCCCCUUGCCACGUCUCUCGUCCCUCUGCUCCUCGCACUCAACUCCUCCGCUGCGUCGCGGACUGCCUUUGCUUCCUUCUGCGAGGCCUUUCUGCAAGUGCCUGCUCGCCCACAGACCACAUUUCUCUUUUCUGCUGACCGCCGAGGCUUCAACCUCCUCUCACAGUCGAUGCAGCCACCACAACAGCAGCAUGCAGAAGAAUCCAGCCCAUCCGAGAAGCCGCAGUGGCGAGAAUUUAGACCCUCGCUCCGCUGCUCGUCGCUGCUCCUCCUCGCCGCUUUCGCGCUUUCCCUUCGCCUGCCGCUCGUGUCUGCCGCCACGUUUCAGGGCGACACGGAUGCGCUUCUCGAGUUUAAAGCCGCUGUCGCAAACCCGUCUGCGCUGAGCUGGCCCGACUCGGGCGGCGACCCGUGUAUCGACGACUGGAGCCACGUCACGUGCACGCGCGACGCAAUCACGCAAGAGCACCGCAUCUCGUCGCUCCUAAUCGACGGUCUUAACCUCGGGGGGAGCGGCUCCCCGUUCCCCGCGCAGCUCGCGCGCCUAGCCUAUCUGCGCGCGCUGUUCAUCGGGAACAACGGGUUCGUGGGGGAGAUUCCGCGGGAACUGGGGGAGCUGGCGCGCAUGGAGCAGCUAGGGCUGGACCACAACGGAUUCACCAGCGCGCCGCAAGACCUGUUCGCGAACAUGACGGCGCUCGAAGCGCUGUAUCUUCAAAGCAACCCGCUUGGGGGGCAGCCACCGCCGGAUCUAUCCGCAAACACGAAUCUUAAGAUCUUGCUCCUCACCAACUGCUCCUUCACGGGUGAAUUACCCUCGUAUCUCGCGUCGCUCGUCGCACUCACGAACGUGUCCCUCGGUCUUAACGCGUUCGACGGCGGGAUUCCCGAGGGGAUGUUCGGAGCGCACAUGCCGUCGCUGCUCUCGCUCCGACUCAACAACAACCGGCUGACCGGCCCCAUUCCCGCGUCGCUCGCCUCCGCGCCGCUCCUGUCGGAACUCUGGUUACACGGUAACGACCUCUCGGGGCCGAUUCCCGACGCGCUAGGCGGCCCGUUGUCUCUACUGCAGUCCGUGAAAAUAUACGAGAACGGCCUUGUCGGUAUGUUACCCGAUUCGCUCGGCGAGGCGCGCCAGCUAUCAGAACUGCAGGUGCAGCGGAACAAACUAGUCGGCCCGAUCCCUGCGUUUAUGGAGCGGUUCGGGGAGGGGAGCUGGGGGGAGAACGGGUGGUGCGCCGCGAGCCCAGGCGACGCGUGUUCCGACGAGGCCAUGGCGUUGCUGGAGUUUUUAAGAGGCGUCGAAUAUGCUCCUGCGCUUAGCGACUCGUGGGUUGCUAACGACCCCUGCUCUUCGGGCUCUGCGGGGAACUCGCCGGGUGGCCAGUCGUCUUCUGCCACGUGGCUUGGCGUUGGGUGUUCCGCGGACGGCCAAGUUACCAGUCUCACCAUUCCCUCGCAGAAUCUGAACGGAACCAUUUCCGCGUCGCUCGCGCGGCUGCCCGCGCUGGAAAUGCUUCAGCUGCCCGACAACAAUCUCGAGGGCUCGCUGCCCGCGGAGCUUGCGCAGCUGCCCGCGCUGCGAGCCGUCAACGUGGCGAACAACCAGCUCACCGGACCGCUGCCGGAUUUCCCGCCGCAAGUGACGGUGGCGGCGACGGGAAACAAGCUGGAAGGCGGAGGUUCCGCGGGGGGUGACGCUCCCGCCGCCGCGGCCCCCCCAUCGUCCCCGCCACCAGUGACAAACAGCAGCGGAGAGAGCGGCGGCGGCGCCAGUAGCGGCGGUGGCAACAGCAGCAGUAGCGGAAGCAAUGCGGGGAGUGGCGGGGAGGGAAGCAACGGACAGGCAAGCGGUCCGCCGUCCUCUCCGCCGCCCCAUGCGCCGGGAAAUUCGAGCAAAGACGGUGGAAAUAGCAGCAGCGGCGGGGGUGAAAACAGCGCGCCCAAGAACGAGUCCGGCAGCGGUACACCGCCCAUGAGCGAUAUCCAGAUCUCCCCCGAAGGCCCUCCCGCGGACUCUCUCGGAAACUCUUCCCCCUCCACCUCUCCGCCUACUCUGCCGUCCGCUCCCCCCGCUUCUCCUUCCGACGCGACCUCCCCUCCUCCUCCAUCCGCUUCCCCCAAGCGCGCCUCUCCCCCGCCCGUGGUGGAUAUCGAAGCGCCCGCUUCCGCCCUUCCCCCGCCCGUUGCGCCUCCCGCGUCUAUUCGCAGCAAUCCGGGGGGGAACGCGCGUGGCACUCCAUCCCCCGCGGACUCGAACGAUUCCGCUGCUAGCAACGGCGGCCGCGGCGGCCACGGCGGCAGCGGCGCUGGGACAAAGACGAGACCAGCAUCGCCCCCCCACACUGUCCCAGCCUCCCCCUCACUCUCCCCCCAACUCUCCGCCCCCCCCAGCGCUCCCGGCGCCCCCUCCCCCACAUCCGCCACCCCAUCUCUUCCCCCCCCCACCUCCGACACCUCCCGCACCGCCUCGUCCGCUCCUGGCGCGUCCGCGCCCUCCCCCCCAACCUCCCCGCCUCCCCCCGAUGCUUCCGCACCCGCGCUGAGCACUCCGCUGAUUGCGGUGAUUGCGGUGGCGGCGCUGCUGCUGCUGCUGCUGGUGCUGUGCGCGGGGGUGCUGGGGAUGCGGUACUGGCGCGGGAAGUGGGGAAGCGGUGGGCGCAAGGGCGCCGCUGCUACCACGUCGCAAGUCCUCCCCUCCGUCGCCCCUUCCCCCCACACCUCCGCCGCCUCCUCCGCUCCCUACUCUUCCGCCACAGAAGGCGCAGCAGGGGGAGGGUAUUCCGCUGCGUUAGCUGGAGCAGGCGGCGCAGCAAGCGGCGGAGAGGGGGCAGGGGGAAGCGGGUGGGGGAGCGGAUCAGGGCUGAACGGAGGGGUCGGCGGGGAUGUGGUGUUGAAUCUGGGCGCGUGGGCGGGUAGCAAUGGCGGAAGGAGCGGGAGUGGCGGACUGAGCACGGGGAGCGGAAGCAUGGGUUCGGGCGGAAGCAUGGGGGCGGGGGGGAGCGCGGGCGCGGGCAUGAGCGGCAUGGUGAUGCGCAUGGACGUGAUCCGCGCGGCGACGGGGGGGUUUGCCGCGGAGAACAUCAUUGGCAAGGGGGGCUUCGGUACCGUGUAUAAGGGCGAGUUGGCGGACGGUACGGGGGUGGCGGUGAAGCGCAUGGAGGUGGCGCAGCUGGCCAAGAAGGGCGACUCGGAGUUCCAGGCGGAAAUCGAGGUGCUGUCGUCGGUGCGCCAUCGCCACCUGUUAGGCCUACUGGGCUACGCGGUGGAGGGUAACGAGCGCGUGCUGGUGUAUCAGCUCAUGGCGCGCGGCCCGCUCAGCCGCCACCUCUUCGACCACCGCCGCCUCGCGCUGCCGCCGCUGACGUGGCGCGCGCGCGUGUCCGUGGCGCUGGACGUGGCGCGCGGCGUGGAGUAUCUACACUCGCUCGCGCACACGUCGUUCAUUCACAGGGAUCUGAAAGCGAGUAAUAUUCUGCUGGACGAGGGCAUGCGCGCGCGCGUGGCGGAUUUCGGGCUGGUGAAGCACAGCAAGGGGGAUGGAAUGCAGAGCAUCGAGACGCGCAUCGCGGGCACGUUUGGGUACCUGGCGCCGGAAUAUGCGGUGACCGGGAGAGUGACAACACGAUCAGACGUGUACAGCUAUGGCGUGGUGCUGAUGGAGCUGAUCACGGGGCGGCGUGCACUGGAUGACUCCAAGGCGGACGAGGCGGCGCACCUCGCCACGUGGCUCACGCCCCUCGUGCCGCUCCGGGACCAGCUCGCUAAGGUCGUAGACCCCAUCCUCUUGCCCGAGAUGCCCGAGGAGCAUGGCCCGGCGCAUGGGUACGGAGGUGUGUUCACAUCGGUGUGUGCAAUGGCAGACCUAGCAGUGACGUGUGUGGCGAGAGACCCUCGGCAGCGCCCCUCCAUGGGGGGAGUGGUGGGCGUACUGGCGCCACUGCUGCAGCAGCUGCAGCAGCAGGAGCAGGAGGAGGCGCAGAAGGAGCAGGGCAAGCAGGUGUGUGAGGAGGACGUGAGUGUAGCGGGCAUCGACCUGGGCUCGGAUGGGUACCCAACCCCGUCCAUGCGGUUAGGUUCGGACGGGUACCCUACGCCGUCGGUUCGGGAUUCGUGGAGUGGCGGUUGGGCGAGUGAUAGGAGUGAGAGUGGGAAGAGCGGGAGUGGGGAGAGGAGGGGGAGAGGGAGUUUCAGUGGGGGACUUGAUGCGGCAGGGGAGCCGGUGAGCUGGACGAAAGGGGGAUCGUUCAUUAUAAAGAGAAUCGGGGAUCAACUAGAGGACGUGCUUGUAGAGAAGGGUGCGUGUAAGAGGGCAGGAAGGGGGGAGGAGGAGACGAAGGGUCUGCUGCUAUGUGCUGAAGACUCUCUAAGGGGUUCGGAUGGGUGUGAUGCAGAGGGCAUUGGAUCAGAAGCAGAGGGAGUGAGAAAGGGGCCAGGGCUGCAGACUCAGAAGGUUGCUGAUAUCGGGGCAGGGAAGCAGAGGGGGAGAGAAGGCAGGGCAGCAGGCAGCAAGCUCAUGAGUGAGGUGGUUGUUGGGGCUGGUGUGAGGAGAGGGGGAGGAGGAGAGCAUGGGGGAGGGAACGUGAAAGGAGUGGGAGGGGGCAUGUCACUCGCGGAGCAGUAUGCACGGCAGGGGUCAUGGGAGGGGGGGUCGUCAGAUGCGAGUGCAAGAAGCAUCCCCACGUUCAUUCAGCCGCGCCUUGCACUGUCAGGCCGCUGA